AAAUACUCAUCUAAAAAGAACCCAAGAACCACCUAAGAAGAGUGCAAGCCUGGAAGACCGAUGUGCAAAAUGGAUGGAAGAGGUGAACAAACUCCGAGGAUUACACAAAUCAGCAAGUAUAAUUUAUGAUGAUGAAACUGAUAUGGUAAAAUGUUGUAAGAAUAGAGUUGAACUAAGAGAGGAUGAUAGCAAGACAUCCAAUCACAAUCAAAAAACUGAAAUUGGAGAUGCGAACAGAAUAAGUAGCCCGGGAAUUGUGAAAGAACCACUUGAUGCUAUAGAUUUUGAGCCAGCCAAUCCAAAAAUGGAACCACUUGCUGUUCUGAAUUACACCAAAGCAUCGGAGUGGAGUAUGGAACAUGCCGAAGGGAUUUGUUAUAAAAGCAAAAACGGAAUUAGAAAGAACUUUAAAUACGAAACACACCCGAAUAGUCUCAGAGAUUCUGAAUCUGACAACACUGCUAGCGUUAAUGAAAUAUUGAAAGACCAUAGACUUGAACAUUGUGACCAAAAUAGAACCAAAGAUAAGCAUAAGUACAGGUCCGAAUUCCUUCAGCAAAAUGAAACUGGCCUUAAAAAAAAUGAACAUAAAGAUCUCAAUUACAAAGAGAUAGAACUUGCCAAAGAAACGAUAUAUACUAAGAAUUGUCAUCAAAGAGAAAGACGAUACAAACCUGGAUCCUGCUAUCAAGAAAAUGUAAAUACUGACAAAAGGAAAGAGAUAGCAUUUGAACAAAAUAUGAAGCCUACAAAGAAUGCUAGUGGGAUAAAAAGCCUGGAAUAUUGCCAGCAAAUGGGAAUUGAUAUCGAAAAAGAAGAAUAUAGGGCUAAGGGAAAACCUAU